AUGGCAAGGUUUGCUUCCGGCGCAGUAGUUGCCUCAACGGGCGAUAAUGCAGUUCUGAGCACUUGUGUUUAUCGUAAGUCGUCGAGUGAUGUGUCAACUGGCCAAGACUUUGUACCACUGCUAGUUGAUUUCAAACAAAGCGCAGCAGCAGUUGGAAAAAUACCUACGAACUAUCUUCGUCGCGAACUCGGACAAACUGACGCGGAUAUUCUAUCUUCGCGAGUGAUUGAUCGUUCUCUUCGUCCACUUUUUCCGGCUGGAUGGGUGAAUGAGACUCAGAUAAUUGUGAAACCUCUGUCUAUCGAAGACGAAGGUGACGUGGUGCUGCUAGGUCUCAACGCCGCUGCUUCAGCUCUUCAUAUAUCAUCAGUGCCAUUCCUUGGUCCCGUAGCCGCUGUACGUGUUGCGCUUCUUGACGAUAAACUAAUUCUGAAUCCGACGCGGUCAGCAUUGAAAAAUUCGUGUCUAGAUUUACUUCUCGCAGGAUGUGGAGAUCGACGAACGGUAAUGAUUGAAAUGGAUGGAAACGAUAUAAAAACAGAAGAGAUUGAAGGAGCAAUUGAUGAAGGUUUGGAAGCGAUUAACAGUGUCAUAGAGGGUAUGCAUAAGCUAAGAGAUGCUUGUGGCAAGGAAAAAGCUGAGCUGUCACGAGCUUCUUAUCCCGAAGAGCUCGAAGCCGAGGUGCAAGCAUUAUGUGAAGAACGGUUGUACUACAUUCUGACAGACCCAUCCCAUGACAAGGUUUCACGUGAUGAUGCCAUCAGUGAUCUUGGAAAGGAUGUGCUGAAGUCGGUUGAGUGCGGAAACGCUUCCAUUGUUCAAGCAAUAUUCCGGGAUAUCACCAAAAAGGCAGUGCGUGAGUUAAUUCUUGAAACUGGUACACGAUGUGAUGGUCGUGGAUUGUCAGAGGUAAGGCCUAUUACAAUGAAAGUCGACGUUUUUAAGCGCCUGCAUGGUUCAUCAUUAUUCCAGAGGGGACAAACUCAGGUGAUGUCCACCGUUACAUUCGACAGCCCCGCUGCUGCGUUUCAUUCUGAUUCAAUAUCGCAAAUUUUGGGAAGCCAACGAAAGAAAAUGUUCAUGUUGCAUUAUGAGUUUCCUAGUUAUGCAACGAAUGAAAUCUCGUCCUCUCGCGGAGUAAAUCGAAGAGAACUCGGACACGCUGCACUGGCUGAAAAAGCACUCAAGCACGUCAUUCCUAAAGAGUUCCCGUACAGUAUACGGCUUGCUUGCCAGGUUCUAGAGUCUAACGGGUCUUCAUCAAUGGCGUCUGCAUGCGGCGGAAGUCUAGCAUUACUGGAUGCUGGUGUCCCCAUAUCAGCUUCAGUUGCUGGUGUAGCCAUCGGCUUAAUUACGGAUAAGGACAGUUCAAGUAGGCCUCACCAACUGCUUACUGAUAUUUUGGGUAUGGAGGACUUCGCCGGUGAUAUGGACUUCAAAAUAGCUGGCACUUCUAAGGGAUUCACAGCUAUGCAACUAGACGUCAAAAUUCCUGGUCUUACUCGUCAACAGCUUAGCGAGGCUUUUGUAAGCGCACGAAACGGACUGGAUCAUGUACUUAGCGAAAUGGCUGUGUUACGAGAUCGACCGCGUGAACAAUUCAAAGCAUCAGUACCAGUCAUUGAGUCGAUGCGUUUGGAUGCCUAUAAACGACAAGCUCUUUUCCGUAGUGGUGGAUUACAUGCCAAAACAGUUGAAGCCGAAACUGGUAUCUCCCAAGAAGACGAUGCCCAUAUUGGUUUGUUCGCACCCAACAGCCAACGUUUAGAUGAUGCAAAAACGCUUAUCGCCAAGUUACUUUCUGAAACAGAAGAACCCAUGUUCGUAUUUGGUCAAAUGGUCACAGCUGAAGUAGUAGAGUUGCUUGAACGAGGGGCAAUGUUGCGACUGGCAGGUGUUGGUCGUCCUAUCUUCGUACCCAAUUCGCAGCUACAUUCGGUUCCGAUUCGACACUCAUCUGCUAGCGGACUUCAGGUAGGGCAAAAAACGACCGUUCAGUGGCUAGGUCGUGAUGCGGAUACUGGUCAAAUUCGACUUUCACGAAAGACGGUAACGUCUGUAGAUAUACCGACCAGAGGACUCAAGAUGUAA